CCCCCUUACAAUGGCUGGCAGAACACAAGAUGAGGGGGGUUCUAUAGACGAUGGAGAGAGAGACAUUGAAUUGAUUCUUGAUGGGGAUGAGCUCGAACUUCUUGAUUUGGAUACAGAGAUUGAAUCUGUAUAUGAUAGUGAUGAAAUGGAGGAGUACGUGCCCAGCAAGGAGGAGGAGGAGGGGGAGGAAGAUGAUGAUGAGUGGCUUAUGCACCUAGUCACUCAUCGCACUCCCCGCUCGCGACGACAACACUCUCGUGGUAGUUCUAAAGGCUCAGCAAACACACGAAGUUCUAUACCUGCCUUGCCUGACAUGCCAUCUACCUCAUCAGCCUUGCCUGGCAUGCCAUCUACCUCAUCAGCCUUGCCUGGCAUGCCAUCUACCUCAUCAGCCUUGCCUGGCAUGCCAUCUACCUCAUCAGCCUUGCCUGGUAUGCCAUCUACCUCAUCAGCCUUGCCUGGCAUGCCAUCUACCUCAUCAGCCUUGCCUGGCAUGCCAUCUACCUCAUCAGCCUUGCUUGGCAUGCCAUCUACCUCAUCAGCCUUGCCUGGUAUGCCAUCUACCUCAUCAGCCUUGCCUGACAGGCCAUCUACCUCAUCAGCCUUGCCUGACUUACCUGCUCUAUCAUCUGCCACUUCACCCUCACAUACGGCCAGCAGGUCAACGCAAAAGGACAGUGAAGGGCCACUACAAAACCAUGUACAUAAGUUCAAAGAGUCACAACUGAGGGGCAAAGAUGGAACACUGUGGUGCACUAAACCUUUAGUCCAAAGUGCAAGACUGCAACAUCAUAACCAGCCAAGAAACUACGCUGUAGGUCCCACAGUUGUUACUCAGGGAGCUGCAACUCCAGUGGAGUGUUUGCAUUUGUUCUUGGACGACAACUUCUAUUCAACAACUGUGAAGCACACUAAUGAAAUGAUUGACAUACUCUCACAACGGAUUAAGUCUAAGAGGGGCACCUAUAGUAGGACAACGGUGGCAGAAGUGAAGGCAUUAGUUGGUGUUCUGCUGUUGUCAGGGAGUCAGCAAGACAAUCACGUUACAACAUCUGAGAUGUGGGACCAUCGCUUUGGAGCUCCACUAUACAGGGCCGCCAUGAGUGAGCGGCGCUUCUGUUUCCUCCUUAGAUGUCUUCGAUUCGACGACAAAACAACUAGACAAGAGCGUGUGAAGACAGACAGAUUUGCCCCUAUACGAAUCCUGUGGGACAGCUUCAUUGAAAAGUGCAAAAGGAACUACAUUCCUGAUGAAAACAUCACAGUUGAUGAACAACUGUUGGGGUUUAGAGGGCGAUGUGCAUUCCGCAUGUACAUUGCCAAUAAACCUGCUAAAUAUGGCUUGAAGAUUAUCAUGGCAAACGACAGCAAAACCAGUUAUUUACUGAAUGCCAUUCCCUACCUAGGGAAAGAUGUUCAGAGAGGUCAGGUGGGAAGUCUUGGCCAGUACUAUACAAUGGAGCUGAUGAGACCUUACUUGGGUCAAUACCGUAACGUCACAACAGACAAUUGGUUUAUGUCUCUACCUCUGGUCAAGGGUCUGCUAAAAGAAAAUACCACGGCUGUUGGUACCUUACGCAAAAAGCCCUACGUACCAGAGAAAAUGAUUGAACUCAAGAAGGAGCGUCCCAUCAAAACCACGGCAUUCCUCUACAGUGACCAAAUUAUGAUGCUGUCUUUCAAGCCAAAGGCCAAUAAAAUUGUUAUGCUCCUAACAUCAAAACAUCAGAAGGGGAAUAUCUGUGAAGACGGAAAGGCUGAGGUGGUGCACUUCUAUAACAGCACAAAAGGAGGCACUGACACAUUUGAUCAGAUGUGUCAGCGGUAUUCUUGUAGUCGAAAGACUAAACGUUGGCCUUUGUGCAUCUACUAUGGAAUAGUCAAUGCAGCCAGCAUUAAUUCCUAUAUUAUAUACUGCAAGAAAUGUUCUGAUCGCCAUAUCAAAAAGAUGGAGAGACGAUGUUUCAUGCAGGAAGCUGCCUAUGAGCUGGUCAAGCCAUGGGCCCAACAGAGACUCACAGAACAGGGACUUCCCCGCCAGAUAGUUUUCCACAUUCGUUCUGUGUUUGGGUGGGAAGCACCAGCUUUCCCAACAACAUCUGGCGAAGCAAAGAAGAGGAAGAGGUGUGAGUUGUGCCCCAGGACCAAAGACAAUAAGACUACAUCGAAGUGCCAGUACUGUAGCAGGGCUGUUUGUGGGAAACACUUUGUUCCUGUCUGCAGAGACUGCUUGUAGAAAAAGGUUCUGCCAGGGAGUGGAUGUGGUUUUUACACAUUUACUGAAGAAAGUGAUGUGCAAGGAUGCAAUUUAUGGUGGUAUAGCAAGUUUCAAGAGUUCAGUUUUUUUUUUUACAUUUUUUUGGUAACAUGCUGUAAAAGAUAGGAGUAAUUUUUUUUAUAAAUUCACUACAAUUAUUCAAAUACAGCAAAAGUGCAGUUUUCAGUUCCAAAGAACGUCAGAGGAUUUAUAUUUUUGCAUAAAAACUGUGCAACAUAAUAAAUGUUGAAUAUGA